GGGGGCUGGCAAGCCAGCUGAAAACCGUGUCUCUUUCUUAUGAGGGGCCUCCCUUACUUGCUUUCUCUAUGCCUGAGGUUCUGCCAGGUUCUUCGCUCUGCCAGGGCUUCUUGAGCAGGGAGCAGAUGAUCCACUCAAACCCAGCAGGUGCCUGCCAACGAAGGCAAUACCCAUUGGAGGAACAUUUAUCUGACAGAGCCUUCAACUGUACCCAUUAUCACUAGGUUGGCAGGUCAUGCUUGAGUCUAUUUCUUGUCCUGCCCAAGGGCUCCCCCGCCCCCCGCCCCUUCCUCUCUCUUUUCUAACACACACCCCUACCCCAUACCCCUUUCAGGGAUCUAAGUGGGAGAAGAGCUGCUGAAACAGCUUGUUCUUUAUUACAAUAGCGGGGUUGGAGAAGUAGCAGGAGGGGAAAAUUCCUCCUCUCCACCCUCACCCCCUCAGUCCCCAGCAGACACAUACCUUUCUGGCUUAAGUUCCUAGUCUUGGCAGUAUACCAGGCACAGCUGUUAAAGGAACUCCUCGUGCCUGUGAGGGGCCCUGGAUGACCCUGAUGACAACAGCUUAGCUUGACGAGAGCUCCCUUUGAGGGGCUUACCAUCCGUGGAGCCCCCUGUCCUGGAUCAUUCCUACCCUAUCCACCCUGCCCUGGAUGGGGGGACUGUUUCACUCCAAAAGCCAAAAGCUUUUCUCUUUUGAAGUACCCAUGCCAGCUUUCAAUGGACCGAUUGGGGUUGGCUGCACUAUUAAUAGCCCUGAGUAUUUUGAGAUCCCUUUCCCCACCUUAAAGAGCACAGAUUCUUAGAGAGGUGGCAGUAAGCGGAGCAGAGCCAGAGAGACAAGAGAAUGCACUGCCCUGGGAAGGGCAGGCGGUGCUUGCAGCUUGUGCCAGGCCAGCGACACGGUGAAGCCUCCAUGAGUAAGGGAUGACCAUGCUGAACCUUUGAUCAGCAAAUUCUGAGCUGUCAAUCAGGUAGCAGAGGCAGCAGGCCGUGCCGGGGGGGCAUGUUGCUGUAACCAGUGACCCAGGGGAUGUUACGGUGGACAGUGCACCUGGAGGGCGGGCCCCGCAGGGUGAACCAUGCUGCAGUGGCUGUUGGGCACCGGGUAUACUCCUUCGGGGGUUACUGCUCUGGUGAAGACUAUGAAACACUGCGGCAGAUUGAUGUGCACAUUUUCAAUGCAGUGUCCUUGCGUUGGACAAAGCUGCCCCCAGUGAGGCCUGCCAUCCGUGGGCAGGCUCCUGUGGUACCCUACAUGCGGUAUGGACACUCGACCGUCCUCAUCGAUGACAUGGUCUUCCUUUGGGGCGGGCGGAAUGACACCGAAGGAGCCUGCAAUGUACUUUAUGCCUUUGACGUCAAUACUCACAAGUGGUCCACACCGCGAGUGUCAGGAACAGUUCCUGGGGCCCGGGAUGGACAUUCAGCUUGUGUCCUGGGCAAAACCAUGUACAUUUUCGGGGGCUACGAGCAGCUGGCGGACUGCUUUUCCAAUGACAUUCACAAGCUGGAUACCAGUACCAUGACAUGGACCCUUAUUUGUACAAAGGGCAACCCUGCACGCUGGAGGGACUUUCACUCAGCUACAAUGCUGGGCAGUCACAUGUAUGUCUUUGGGGGCCGUGCCGACCGCUUUGGGCCAUUCCAUUCCAACAAUGAGAUUUACUGCAACCGCAUCCGUGUCUUUGACACCAGGACUGAGGCCUGGUUGGACUGUCCACCCACUCCAGUGCUGCCUGAGGGCCGCCGGAGCCACUCAGCCUUUGGUUAUAAUGGGGAGCUGUACAUCUUUGGUGGCUAUAAUGCAAGGCUGAACCGGCAUUUCCACGACCUCUGGAAGUUUAACCCUGUGUCCUUUACCUGGAAAAAGAUUGAACCGAAGGGGAAGGGGCCAUGUCCCCGCCGGCGCCAGUGCUGCUGUAUUGUUGGCGACAAGAUUGUUCUCUUUGGGGGUACCAGUCCAUCUCCUGAGGAAGGCCUGGGAGAUGAAUUUGACCUCAUAGAUCAUUCUGAUUUACACAUUUUGGACUUUAGCCCUAGUCUGAAGACUCUGUGUAAACUGGCCGUGAUUCAGUAUAACCUGGACCAGUCGUGUUUGCCCCAUGACAUCAGGUGGGAGCUGAAUGCCAUGACCACCAACAGCAAUAUCAGUCGCCCCAUCGUCUCCUCCCAUGGGUAGGAGAAAGUUGCUGCCGCCUCCUUUCCUGAGCCUGCUAUUAUCUUCACUGCACUUCCUCAUCCCUCACCUGCCUGCCCCUUUGGUCCCUGGACUCGGUAUACCUCUGCGUGGAGUUGUUGGACUAGAGGUGUUUCCUGUGCUGUGAACUCAGUGGGGAGCUGUAGGGGGGAGGGCUAGUUCCCUACCCCCUUGGGCCGAGGGCCCCUUCCCCUUGGUGCUCUGUCCCAUACACCUCCUUCCAACUGCUCCUGGGCCUCUGCUCUGCCCCAGGCCAGCCAGGUUCUGUUGGGAAGUGAAGGGAAUGGGGAUUAGGGAGAAGCAAGCAGUGUCUGAGCCUCAGGAGCUUCCCCCACCCUUGUUUCUACCCCCUCCCCCUGCUUGAGUCAAGAGCAUUGAUUGGGAGCUGAGAGGAGUUGCAACUGUUGCCAUGAAACCCUCAUUCUCCCUGACCUGGGGAGGCGAGGACCAGCAGAUAAUCCCACCGUUCCCUGAGCUGUUGCUGUUCCCUGACGCUCCCAGCCAGCUCAGAUUUUAUAAAAAUGGAUUAAAAAUC